AUGCCAGAGCACAUGCUGUCAUGGCAUUCGAGCCUCCGCCGAUGCACGGCCUUCAAGCUGCUCUCCAUACUUCAAGGCAUGACCAUGGGUUGGACAGAAACUGUGGUAAACGUGAGGGCGCCAAUUAUCGCGUCAACUACACUACAAAAGGCCAAUACAACGGCCAGGAUACUCAUACGUGCAGGCGACUCAACCACAGCCCUUGCUGAAGCUACGUGCCGCCAUCUUCAUGCAGUCGGGGCAGGUGGCUGUCUCCCCACAGAGCUCAUAGACAUUGAGGACACAUUUCAAGAUCUCCAGCAGCAGAUUCCAUGA